UGGGCUCCCCAGGCCUACAUGUACGCUGUCGCGCGCAUCGACCCCGUCUCCAUGGUCCAACAUCUCAACGACCCGUUCGCCCUGGAAGCGGCGAAGCAGAUGGCGCUCCGCACAAAGACAUACCUCAUCUACAUCAACCAGUGUCUCGCUUUGCCACUGGGCAUCGAGCGAUGGUUCCUCUUCAAGGUGACCGGGAUUGCAACCUCGCCUCCCCCUCCAUGCGAAGCAGAAUGCCGCGGCCCGGAGACGUCUGUCCCUUUAUUUCCGAACGACGCGCAUCCGACCGGGCGCGAGCCCCUCAAGACCGAUCCCAGCCCGUUCCCGUUCCACGACUGCUUCCAUUGGCCUCUCAAGGCCAUGCCGAUCCGCGUCCUGCCCCGGCCCGAUGGCUGGAACCGCAGCAGGGCCAUCAGGCUUACUGGAGCAUCUCAAGUCCUGAUGAGCUUCUAUUGGCAAGAGGACGGGCUGCGGUGCAGGAAGCUUCUUCGCGCUCGCAGAAGGAAGGAGAAGGAGGCACUCUCGGCAGGCGCCCUCCGCGAGCGAGUUGAAGACUCAGCGCCCGACGCUCCCUCUCUGCGCGGCGACAUUCUUGAGGGUACGUUCACGAAUAAGUUCCGGUUUUAA